GACGCGAGAGGGGAGUGUUGUGCUGCGUUUGACUCUCGAAAACUUUUAUCUUAACGAAAUUAAUGCUUAUAUUAGUUCGACUUCGAAAGUAUAACGAAUUAUUGUGUUUUCCGUAUUCCUGUGAAGUUUUCAAGUGAGUUUAGUGGCUUUCUGUGCAGUUUAAUUGUGAUUCAUCUCGUGAACAAGUAAUUCUGUUUGUGUCAUACCUAGGUAUAUCGUGUAUUGGAAUUCAACUUAACUGCAGAGGAAAUGUGAGCGGUAUUUGUUUUUUUUUGGAAUCCGAAAGCUGGGGUUCGGUUCGGCAAUAAUAAGAUGAGAGUUGGCUGUGAAAUUUGACAACAUUGAAAAGGUCGACCUGGCACCACAAGCAGUACCCAUUCACGAGUGAAGCACUGAUUGCGAGAUACGCUACAAUGGGGACACGUCUGCACAAAAUUAUAGUUGUAAGUCUGGCGCUAGCAACCGUCGCCGCAGAUUUUACAGCCAACUGCCCACAAGAAUGCAAAUGUGUUUGGGCAAGCGGUAACAAGCAGGCAGAUUGCUCACACACAGACUUUCACGACAUUCCCAAAACAUUGAGUACAGAAAUACAAAUACUCGACUUGACAGGCAAUGAACUAUACGAAAUCGCUAGACACGCCUUUGAAGAUGUUCGAUUAAUCAAUCUUAAAAAACUUAUACUCAGAGAUUGUAAGCUAAUCACGAUACAGAGGAAUGGUCUUAGUGGUCUAGCGAUUAUGAUUGAAUUGGAUCUAUCCAAAAACGACUUGAAAACUCUCCACGCUGAUACGUUUAGGGAAACAACGAAGAUACGAUGGAUUCUGUUAAACGAUAAUCAGAUAGAAAAGCUAGAUGAUGGGUUGUUCAAUAACUUGCCAUUUUUACAAAAGGUCGACUUAAGCAAUAAUCGCAUUGUUCACAUUGGCGUAAAGACUUUCCUGAACGUGCCCAAGCUCAAUAUCUUGAGGCUUGAUGGCAAUAAACUUGAGCACUUGAAAGUUGAUGCCUUGAACGCUUUGACCUCUCUAUCAAACUUGGACGUUCACGAUAACCCUUGGCGAUGCGAUUGUUAUCUACAACCCUUCAGAAAUUGGGUCAUCAGCAAAAAUCUUUACACCUCGCCUAUAUCUUGUAGCGAGCCAGCUAAAGUGCACGGGAAACUAUGGAAGGAAUUGGACUCCAGUGAUUUUGCUUGCCGGCCGAGCAUUGUAUAUCCUUCCGUAAAAAGUACGAUAAGAUCGGCUGAUAAUAACAUUACACUGUCGUGUCAAGUGAACGGCAAUCCUCUCCCUGAAGUCAAUUGGGUACUCAACGCUCAAAUAAUAGACGGGACGUAUCGUUAUCAAGGCGAAAUCAAAUACGUCGUGACUCAAAGCAACACGGAGAACAGUAGAUGGUUGAAUAUGACAAUAAUCGACGCAGGAAGUACUGAUAAUGGAGUUUAUUUAUGUGUCGCUAAAAAUGCCGGGGGCGUUGAAGAAAGGAAUGUUACGCUCUUUGUGACACAUUCAGCGCCGGGUAUCGUUGCGCCAACAGGUAUGGACAGCAACAUGCUACCUGUCCUCAUCGGAGUAUCAUGUGCGGCAGCUAUUCUCCUGAUCAUUCUUGUUAUAUUGUGUUACUAUUGUUGUUGUCGGAAAAGAAAUUCAGAGAAGAAGAAAGCGGACUCGUCAAACGGCGAGGCUUUAAUUGAAGGUUCUGUUAUACCUGAGAUGGAAAAGAGCUUAAUAUCUGCUGUUAAUCCUGUGACGAAACCACCUAGGAGAUAUGACGUGCCACCUUCCAUAACAAGUGGAGCCACGGAGAUGUCUGAAUUGAAUAAAACUCUCCUCGACAACGAUUCUGUUUUCGCUCACCACGACGACGAUAAAAGAUCGCUUGAUUUCGAGCAUCAGAAGAGGUCUCAAGAUACACUUAAUGCCGAUUAUGGAAGAACUGAUGGCCGCCAAUAUCCUCCCGACCUGCUUUCAUUCCCGGCACGAGCAGCUCAGAUAUCUCCAGCGGCUAGCACGGCUUCCACCGUCCCGGAUAAUAGCAGACUUCAAAUGAAUCCUGUGAGUCCUAUCCACUCACCUAUCUACGGCAUAACUACCAGCCAAAACAUAUUCAGGACCUUACCAUACUCACGCUCUCAAUCACCUUUCGUAGCUCCCGUAACUCCACCAGUAGUAACCCCCAGGCAAGGAUAUGUGACAAUCCCCAGAAGACCCCGUGUUCCAUCAUGGUCGAGUACAGCAAGCACGCAGAUCCUUCCCAGUGCUGAAGCACAGGAACCACUUUACGAUAAUCUAGGGUUAAGAACAACAGCAGAUGGCAGCUCAGUGUUAUCGCUUAACAAAGCAGGCUUGGAACAUCAAGUUUCCCCCAUGAGGAACAGACCCCUACCAGCUACGCCAACUGCAUUCGCAAGCCCCCAUCCUGUGUACUAUGCUCCGAUCGAAGAACAAGAGCCAGCUCCAUCCCCAGUGCCUCCACCGUUCACCCCAACGAGAAACAGCAUAAGUUCUCAACUAUCUACACCUGGUCCUCAAGAAGCUGUCAAUCCUAGAAUGAGUUGGACAGCAAAAAGCACAUCAACUCCUCAAACUGAACCAAGAAAACAGCUCGCGCAUGUUAUGGAUGAUAGAAAUACAGAAUACCCCUCCGAUAAUACCCUUUCCCGAAAAGGAAAACCUGAAACAGGAUCAUUGAGAAGGGCUAGAAUAGGUCCUAAAGAGACUACCUCACCUUCUAAAGAAAAUAUGAGGAAUAAUGACAGUAACAUAUCAUUAAAUCAAUCGGGUACAAUGGGAAGAAGUGGAAAAAUUCCUCCCAGACCUCCACCAAAGCCCAAAAAGAAAACAAGUACUGAGGUAAGUCCCGGUGAACCCUUGUUCGAAGAUGAAGGUGAAGAUGGCACAGAAGUGUAGUUUACUGAAAUGAAUGAUGUAUUAAAAUGUGCCAAUGAGCUUGUAGUGAUAACGAGGUGAAGGACAGGCAUACGGUUCAUUUUUGCGGUGCUCGUGUACAUAAUAAUUCUCGUGCUAGAUUUUUUACUAUUGCGUACAAUUAUCUUAUGGACCAUUUGCAAAGUUUAGUGUAAGUUUAUUUAGCUAUGUCAUGCAAGUUACGUCAGUUUUAAAUUGUACACUAACUUUACACAUUAAGUAUUUAUUAUUUGUGGUAUUGUUUCGUAAAUGUCUUACGGUAGCUAAUCUUGGUUUUGACUACAUUGCUUGCCACAUUCGUUAAGGCAUAUCCAAACUAUUUUAAGACUGAAUAUUCUAAAUUUGUUCAGACAUUCCCAUGCAUUAGUAUUAUAUCGAUUAUUCCAUUUGCAAUGUCUAUUAGGAAAUUUUGAAAUAUUUAGUAAUAUUUGGAAGACUGAGAGAGAUUAGGUACUUUUUGUCUGUUGAUUAUGUCAACAUUCUUUGUAAAGUACAAGUAUGUUCACUAACCUCGUUGGAUCAUGUUCAGUUUAACUAUGUAUUAUAUAAGAAUCAUUGUAAAUUACAUCAAAAACUGGUCAAUUAUAUAUACUUUAUACAGUUAAGCGCAUUUCUUAUGUGUUUCCAUCGGCAGCUAUUGUUUUGACCUCAGGAUUCUAAUCAGUUUUAUAAAAGACAGUGAUGAUUUGUAGUUUGUACCUUAUAUUUUAUUUAGUUUAAUAUGCAGCUAUAAUGUAAGGAAUAGUUCCUAAAUGUGUUAUCGCACCAGUAGUAUUUUACAUUUUUAUUUUGUAAGUAUAGUUUAAUUAUUUUGUAAAUAUUUACUUGAAUCAUGAACUUUUUUAUUACUAAAACGACGAUUGUUUCUCUAUUUUUAUUGGUGCGUUUUACGUUUGGUAUUUAUUUGGAGCCACAAUUCGGUUUGUAGAUGAUUUUAUGGAUUUUUGUUGGAGUCAUCGUUAAAUCAUGUUCAAUUUGUAGACAAUUGUUAGAUUUGUAUCAGUUAUUUCGAAAGGGACGUUUUAACAUUUAUGCAUUUGUUCAGAUUGAAGUAUAAUUAGUCCGGUCAAUCUAGACCAAAGUAUGAGAGUGAAGGUGCAUAAAAUCACAACAAGCUGAAAAUCAGUAAAGUUGUUCAAGUCAUCAUAAAUAAACAUUUUAAGUUCCCCGUCAUUCCCGUGUAUGGAAAAGUAUUUUAUUUGACAAUGUUAAAAAAAUUGAGUUUUUCACGAUUUUCAGCAAAAUUUUUACCCGAGACAAAAAAUUAUCUAUGAAACAUGUAUCAAUACUUCUCCUUCUAUGCGCCAACGUUUCAGAGAUAUAAUGAUGUGAAAAUUAUGUUUUGAAUAAUUUUACCGAUUUUCAGCUGUAUGAAGUUUGAACCAUCGAAUGCCUAGAUUAACCGGAUUAAAUAGAUAUAGUAUAAACACCCGUUUAGGGAUAUCAUUGUUGAUGAAAUAAAAACAAUUAAAGGCCUAUUAGAGUUCUUAUCAUUACUCUAUCUUAAAUUAAAAAAGAUAGAUAUAAAUACUAUUGACAAGUAUAAAAACAAUUAACAUAUUACUUAUAUAUUUAAAACAACAUCAAAACAUUUUGCACCAAAUUUAUCUCGAACGAAUCCUAUUCCAGUUCAGUUUAAAAUUCUAUUCAGUCUGAAUUGUAUGCAUAAUAAUUAUUGGUAUUAGGAAAUAAAAUCUAAAUACAUUAGUUAUUAUUAUAUAUACGUAUUCUUAAGUACAGUCGUGUAUAAAUUAUUGCAUAAUGAAAUAUGUCCGUGACGUUACAUAGUAAUUAUAGUUAUUCAAACUUAAUAUGAUUUCCAUUUAGAUAUUUGGACAUUACCAUUUAUGCGGAAAGGUUUAAUAAUUAUUUGUCAAAUGAGUUUGCCAAAUGUGUAAUUUGAUUAAACUUUUCUAUUUUGAAUUUAACAUAAUUAAUCUUGGUUGUUCUACAGAAUAUGGAAUGGAAGGUCUUAGUGACUUUUGAGAACUUAAUGCCUAUAUGGCAGAUAUUUGUUUCGUUGCCAGCAUAUCUCACAAAAUAGCAUUAAUUGGUAUGAGAAAAUACAAUUUGCAUACUUUUCAGUAUAGCACUUUGUGCUGAGAUAAAAAUCCUUAAUGAAGUAAUUUUUAUUUCGUAUUCGUUAAUAAAAGAAAUCUAUAACUUCGAUGCACUAAACGUAAAAUGAAUUCUAGCACUGGCUGGAUGAGAAAUGAUUUCAAUAAUCUUUUGUUUUUUAUUUUUUUUUAAAGUUUGCAAGUGGCGUAAAUCAAACAACCAAACAAUUGCUAAUUGGGCAAUGAUUUUUUAUUCAAAAGAUAAAAGUCAAAACUGAUGUUUUUUUUACACUCGGAGAAAAAAUUUAGUUAUAAAUUAUGAUACGAUUACGAGAUGAAAGUGUACGUACGGACGGAUAUGUAUGAAAUUUUACAAUAUGUAGACAUAUGUUUUAUAUAGUUAUAAACGCUACAUGUAAAUACAGACAUUAUUAAAACUGAUUAAAGCUAUAUUUCAGUA